AUGUCUCUUACUCUUCCCACUCUCCCCUUCAUCUCCUAUCCCUCCUCACACAGCGAGUGGACCAAGUAUUGGCGUGGCUGGACCUGCCCUCCCCUCUCCGCCCCUCCUUCCUCUCGCUUUACUUUGAGAAACCUGAUGACAGUGGCCACAAGGGAGUGUCGGCAUGUCUCUUACUCUUCCCACUCUCCCCUUCAUCUCCUAUCCCUCCUCACACAGCGAGUGGACCAAGUAUUGGCGUGGCUGGACCUGCCCUCCCCUCUCCGCCCCUCCUUCCUCUCGCUCUACUUUGAGGAGCCCGACGAGAGUGGGCACCUGGGAGGCCCUGACACGCCCCUGGUCGCUGCUGCAGUAAAGCGGGUCGAUGACGUGUUGGGGCGCCUGUUGACAGGGCUGGAUCAAAGGAGCAUGACCAACGACGUAAAUCUCCUACUAGUGAGCGACCAUGGCAUGUUGACCACAUGCAAGUCGCGAGCCAUCUCCCUGGAGCAGUUUGAGCCGUUCAUACCGGGCCUCUCCCCUGCCUGGAUCGACUUCAGCUACCCGCUUCUCGGCAUCUUCCUCCCGCAAACAGACGCGCAGCGGCAGCCGGAGGCUCAGAUGGAUGCGGCGGCCAUUGUGGGGGCGAUGAGGAGGGCGAUAGAGGGCGGGGGGAUUGUUAACGGAGAGGCGCUGAAGGUGUAUUUGAGGGAGGAGUUUCCUGCGGAGUUUGAGUUUUCCGGAAGCGACAGAAUACCAGUGAGUUCUGCACGCCCGUUCUCCUUUCGCUCCCUUCCUGUCGCCCUGCCUACUCCCUUCCUUCCAGCCGAUCCUGGUGCUUGCAGACAAGGGCUAUACGGUGGUACACCACCACUCGAACGCAUGGGAAGGCGGUACGCAUGGCUACGACCACCGCCUCCCCUUCAUGUGGCCCCUCUUCAUCGCUCAGGGGCCGUGCUUCGCCUCCCAGUGCACGGCAAACCUAUCUUGGCUCUGGCAGACGAGGGCUAUACGGUGGUAUACCACCACUCGGACGCAUGGGAAGGUGGCACACAUGGCUACGACCACCGCCUUGCCUCCAUGCGCUCCAUAUUCAUGGCCAGAGGGCCGUGCUUUGCCUCCCACCGCAGAAUACCCACCUUCAGAAACACAGAGCUGUACAAUGUGAUAACAAGCAUCUUGAAGAUUGAGCCUGCACCCAACAAUGGAUCUGCGUCUUUCCCUGACACAAUACUAGUUUAA